CUCUAGGUACGAUCUGACCAUUAAAGAAAGAUGACGUGUCAUUCAUAAUUGCAACAAUCGCAAUUCUACAGCAAUGUGGCAACGUUACUGAAAAGAAAAGCUUGUCAUCGUUGCUAGUGGUUGAAAAAAAAGAGGAAAAUUUGGCAAUUUAGAAAAUGGGCCUAUUUAAAUACUCCAUUGACAGCACCACGUCGUUUGACGCACAAAGCCUUUUUAUAAGCUUCAAGUUUAAGCAAUCAAUAAGCACUUUCUCCAGGCGCCGGCCAUAUAGUCCUGUGAUGCCUACAAGGCGCAGCAUGCCGCCAAUGAGAAGUCGGCGGUACAGUCCUCCGAUAAGUUCCCGGCGAAACCCAUCUGCGUCGAGAAGCGGUCGAGGAAGUCCUGGUGAGAGAUUCAGGAGCAGGCAUUCGUCUUCCAGGGCCGAACGAGAAGGCCAAGCGAUGAGAUCCCGACGUAGCCCAUCGCCUUCCAGAAGCGAGAGAUCCAGCCCUUAUAGGAGUUCAAGGCGCAACCGAUCGCCUUCCAGGGGAGGACGAGGUGACUCUUCAAGGCGGUCAUCACCAUCAGGGAGCAGACGAGAAAGUCCUCCCACGAGCUCCCGACGAAUCCUAUCGCCAAGGAGCCGCUCUCCGGAAAGAUCCCGACGCAGCCAACCGCCUAUCAUGAGCGGUCGAGAAAGGCCACCGAGGAGCUCAAGGCGCCAUUCAUCGCCAUUCUGGGGCGGACGAGGUAGGCCAGAUAGCAGUUCUCCGAGGCGUCCAAGCCAUCGCCCAUCGCCUUUCUGGAGAGGCCCAGGAAUUCGUCCGAUGAGCUCAAUAGGUUACCUAUCAUUCAUAAAAAGGGAGCCGGAAAGCCCAUAGAGGAGAUAAAUGCGGACUUCAUCACCAUAUCUUUCUGAUAGAUACAUAUGUGGUAGACCUACACCAGCUUUGUGGAAGUUUACUUUAACCACGACAGUGUUUUCUUCAAAAGACUAACGCGAUAUGCGUUCCAAGUCGUUGGUUAACGAAAGAAAAGCAACUUCACGCUACCAUGAAAGUAUUUAAAUACAAUACCCGUGUACCAGAGUAUACGUAAAUGGAAACCUUUAAGCUACUUCUAUUCUUUUAUCAGAGAGAGAUAACUUUUUUUCCUUUUUUUUUCAAUUUUUCUUAUAUUUCUGCGAAUAAAAUAACAAUUUCUUUUUUUGUAAUUUUUAAUAAAUUAAACAAACA